AUGUUUUCUUUCUUACUCGUUGCCCUGCUUCUCAUCAUCCUACCAGCAGAGGGCAGCAGUGGGAAUUAUCGUACAUACACUCUCACUCCACACGUGAUCGUGGUGGAGAAGGAGCUGCAGAACACCGUGCUGGUACCUCUGUCCUGCGGAGCCACAGAGGGCAUGGAGAUCUCCUGGAGGCGUGAGGACGGGCGGCUUCUCCCCAACGGGGGGAACAACAUCAGCAUCCCCGUGCCCAUGAUGAUGGGCGGGAAAUUCACCUGCCAUGACAACGCCGGGACCCUUCUCAACCACCAGCUGGUGCUGGUGCAGCUCCGGAAUCCUAGCCAGAGGAAGAUCCUGGAGAGGACUGGGGAUUCAGACUACAUACAAUGUUUAUCCAGAAACUACAACGGAGAUUUCCAUUGCUCGUGGAAGUGGACUCAGGAUGGAUCGACCAAACGAGAGGGAGCAGUGGUGUACAUCAGUGCCAAGAGGUCCUCAGGGAGUGAGAACAUCACCUGCACGGUGGAUGAGGACGGAGCCGGGAUCUCCUGUCUGGACAAGUUCCAGUGCCAGUACGCAGAGGAGCUGGACUUCAUUAACCUCAGGGUCUACCUGCGCUACAAGCACCGCGUGGAGGAGUACGUCAAAGACUUCUACAUCUCCGAGAUCGUGAGACCGGACCGCAUCGCCAUCACCAAGGUGGACGGAGAGACGUUCCAGAUGCAGUACCCCAAAACCUGGAGCAGGCCCGCGUCUUACUUUCCCCUCACCUUCCACAUUAAGGUCCUGAGCCUCGUGAGGGGCAGGGACUGCACCUUCCAGCCAGAGCCACAAGACUCUCACGAGGUCCAGGAAAUGGAGACGCAGAACGAGACAUUCUCAGUCGGAAACAGGGGGCAAUUCCUCCUCUGUGUCCGAGCUCAGGACCAGCUGUGCAACUUGAAGAGCUGGAGUGAGUGGAGCCACUAUGAGAUGAAAUGAACGUAACGGACACAACAUAACAAGAGAGAACCAGCGAAGAAGACUGCGUGCUAUCAUUAGUGUCGUUUAUGACUAAUUUAUUUGAUUUAGCCUAUAUUAUGUAGUUAAAUGGAUGCCAAGACAAUAAGCUACAUGGAC